AGCCAUCUCUCGUGGAGUUCAUGACAGUUCGAACUCAGCAUUGACUUGAACCAACCGACCUAGAGGCUUCUUGAGGGAGUUGAGACCGGACUUGGGGUCCCUGACUCGAGCCAACUGCCCUCAGCUAUAAAUACCGUCCCAAAAACCCCCAAUUUUCCCCUUUAACGUUGCUGCCGCUCUCGACCCUCGUCAUCUCGAAAUCGAUGCAUGAUUGCACCUCUCAUCUCUGACUGAAACCGAUCCCCUCUCGCCUCGUCUGUGAAACCCUAGCUCUCCGGCGUACGAUCCUCCGCCAUGGGCGACUACAACGAUCCGUUCAUGCGCAACCAGAACGCCGCCGUGCAGGCCCGCACGAAGGCGCAGAGCCGCGCCAACGUUCUCCAGCUCAAACUGAUUGGGCAAAGCCAUCCAACUGGUUUGACGACUAACCUACUGAAACUUUUCGAGCCUCGGCCUCCAUUGGAAUUCAAACCGCCUCCUGAGAAACGAAAAUGUCCACCAUACAUUGGAAUGGCACAAUUUGUCAGUCAGUUUGCAGAGCCAGGUGAUCCUGAGUAUGCUCCUCCAGUCCAGAUGGCUGAGACCCCUGCACAAAGAAGGGCUAGGGUCCAUCAGCUCCGAUUGGAAAAGGGUGCAGAAAAGGCUGCUGAGGAGUUUAAGAAAUAUGAUCCAAACAGUGACCCCAAUAUUUCUGGAGAUCCUUACAAGACACUCUUCGUCGCUAAACUUAGUUAUGAAACUUCAGAGAGUAGGCUUAAAAGGGAGUUUGAGUCAUAUGGGCCAAUAAAGCGGGUUCGCAUUAUCCACGAUGCGGUAACUCAGAAACCCAAGGGCUAUGCUUUCAUUGAGUACGUGCAUACUAGGGACAUGAAAGCUGCAUAUAAACAAGCUGAUGGGAGGAAGAUUGAUGGUAGAAGGGUUCUAGUGGACGUAGAACGUGGUAGGACUGUUCCAAACUGGAGGCCUCGCAGACUUGGUGGUGGACUCGGAACUAGUCGAGUUGGAGGUGAAGAUUCUAGGCAUUCUGGGAGGGAACAAGUGCAAUCCGGAGGACCGUCUAGGUCAGAGGAGCCAAGAGCUAGAGAGGACCGAUAUGACAGGGAUAGGGAGAAGUCUCGUGAAAGGGGAAGAGAGAGGGACAGGGAGCGUGAGAAGUCCCGUGAGAAGUCCCGCGAACGCUCUCAUGACAGGCCAAGAGAUCGUGACCAUAGGGAUGACCGACACCACCGGGACCGUGACCGGGAGAGGGACAGGGACCGUGGCCGUGAUCGUGAUCGUGGGCAUGAUCGUGAUCGUGCCCGAGACCGUCACGAUCGGGACAGGGACCGAGAUCGUGAGCGGGAUCGCCGCCCCCGAGAUAGGGAGAGAGACAGGGAGAGAGAUUAUGAAUUGGGCGACCGGGACCGGGAUUACAGGCGCUCUCAUGAUCGGGAAGCCGAAUACGACCGGACGGACUCAAAGCACGAUCGAGAUCGGCGGGACCGGGGCUAUGAUCAGGUGGAGGGAGAUGAUGAUCGUGAGUAUGGGCAGGUGGGGCCAGAUCAUGAGUAUGGACAGUACGACCACUACGAGCAUCACCGGGAGAGGGGAAGGUACGAUGAUCCCGAUGACUCUGAUCGCUAUGAUCAGUACCCUGACCAGUCUCAUCGCUAUGAGCAAAUGGAGGAAGACAAUUACCAUUAUGACCGGGCAACCAGCAGAGACGUUGAUCGACCGUGAGAUUAGGCACAGGUUGCACAUGCACUUAUUCGUAUUAUAUUUGCUCAUCAGGUGGGUUCAGCUUUGUUGGUUUAAUGAAAUGCUUUUGCUCAGGUAGGUUCAGCUUUGUUGCUCAACGGAAACAGGGAGUAAAAUCAUAAGCUACUUUGUUUUGAGUUUCCCAUGUUUCAUUUUCGUUGAACGUUGUUAUUUACUGUCCAGACGAUUUCUAGUGUCUCAGGAUUCUUGAUAUUUUGGUUUAAGUUUGAACUUGCCGUGUAAGAAGAUUACCCUGCCGGGUUCAAGCCGCAGGGCGGAUUGUAAUGUAAGAAGAUUGCUUUUGGGCUUUUUUCCCAGUACGCUGGCUUCCCUUUUUAUUCA